CAAGCUCGGGAGCGAGAGCAGGCGCUGCCCGUUGUUGUUGUGGUCGCCGCGCGAUGGCAGCCACGGCGCUUCCCCCGCUGCCGCCGCAGUUCAAGAGCAUCCAGCACCAUCUGCGGACCGCGCAGGAGCUGGACAAGCGCGAGCCGGUGGUGGCGUAUUACUGUCGUUUGUAUGCAAUGCAAACAGGGAUGAAGAUUGAUAGUAAAACCCCAGAAUGCCGCAAAUUUUUAUCUAAACUUAUGGAUCAGUUGGAAGCUAUGAAAAAACAAUUUGGUGAUAAUGAAGCAAUUACUCAGGAAAUUGUUGGUUCUGCUCAUGUGGAGAAUUAUGCUUUGAAAAUGUUUUUAUAUGCAGACAAUGAAGACAGAGCUGGGCAGUUUCAUAAAAACAUGAUAAAGUCCUUUUACACUGCCAGUCUCCUGAUAGAUGUUCUGACAGUAUUUGGGGAGCUCUCUGAAGAGAAUGUUCAGCACAGAAAGUAUGCCAGGUGGAAAGCAGCAUACAUUCAUAACUGCUUGAAAAAUGGAGAGACUCCUCAGCCUGGACCUAUUGGAAUGGAAGGAGAGACUUUUGAUCUUGAAAGAGAAGAGGCAGGGUCAUCUUCUCACCAGAGUGGAACAAAUCAACCAACAUCAUCAUCAUCUACGUAUGAAGCUAACAACACACCAACUAGUAAUUUCACUGGCAUACAUGUUCCACCAGGUGCCCAUGCACCAGCCAAUACUCCAGCUGAAGUUCCUCAUAACACAGGAGUGACAACUAAUACCAUUCAACCUUCUCCUCAAAAUAUUCCUCUAGUAGAUCCUUCCCUUUACAGUGCUCAGUCUGCAGGGGAAGUCCGUUUGACUCCAGAGGACUUUGCCAGAGCUCAAAAAUACUGCAAAUAUGCUGGCAGUGCUUUGCAAUAUGAAGAUGUGAGCACUGCUGUACAGAAUCUACAGAAGGCUCUCAAGUUACUGAUUACGGGCAAAGAAUAAAGCCUUUAAUCCAACGGAUUCAUGUCAUUUGCCUGAAGAACUAACAGCUUAUUACUGUACCUGUUAGGGGAGUGGAAAUAUACAGAAGCUCUCCAUCUAAUCACCUAUGGUAAUGAAAUCACUCUUUCGGUGUCAGUAGGACUCUUCAUUUUAAAAAAAGUGGAGCUAGGAGCAUAUGAAUGCAGUUGUUUGAUGUAAGCAAAAUACUAAAGAAUGUACUGUGAACACUGAUUAAGAGGUAGAGUUCAUAUUUCAAUAUUUAGAUUAUCAGUCUGGGAAAUAUCAAAUCCGCAAAAAGGUUGAACAUUACAAUGUUCUGUUGAAAUUCUGGCUCUGCUUUCAUUUUUUUCAACCAAUUAUCUAAGAAGUUUAAAUAGCUUUAAAAUGGUAACAAAAUUCACAACUUCCUCCAGAAAAGAAAGCAUGUAAGAAGACUGGCACGUACACAGUGGGAAGGACUUUUUUCCAUACCUAAAUUAUUGGAGUAUCAUCUGAGACAUAAAGUUAAACAGGACUUGAGGUUAUUUGUAUAUUAUUUUAAUACAUGCAUUGAAAACAUUUCUUGAUACAUCAAGGAGAGUAAUUUUGAUUGCAUUCCAACCCAACCACCACCGAGUGGACUGCUGCAUGCAGUCUUGAUCAUUGGUUCUUUGCAUGAACACUGGAAAUUUUGUUUAUGUAUGGUUAACAAAGAGAAAGUACUGAUAUUUAGUGGAGAUGAUCCUGAAACCAGGGACAGAGAUGCUAAACUGCGUGAACUUUUAGGGAGAUUUACUUCAUAGAUGUCUCAUCUCUUUAAUAAACUGAAUCGAAGGAUGGUUCAACCAUUUGGUUCAUCUUUGGUAUUAGUGAUCUAGAAGUUUGUAUUCCCAGCUAAUAUUAUUUCUGUCUGCUAUGUUGUAGAGGCUAUUUGGACUUGGGAACUAAUUAAAAUAUCUUGGAAAUAGAA